AUGAAGCUUCUUCUUACAUCUCUAGCGGUGGCUUACCUAUCAGCUCAGGCUCUAGGUAGGGCUGUGUCGCAUAAAGUCGGCUCCUAUGUUCUCACGGAGCAUCCCGACAGCGAGAAGCGAGCUGUGUUGCAAGAUAUUGUAACAUGGGAUAACCAAUCGCUCUACAUCCAUGGAGAAAGGAUUAUGAUCUUUUCUGGUGAAAUUCACCCAUUCCGUCUUCCUGUUCAGGCGCUUCAUCUUGAUGUGUUUCAGAAAGUCAAGGCCCUCGGCUUCAAUACUGUCUCGUUCUAUGUCGACUGGGCUCUUUUAGAAGGCAAACCCGGUUCUUAUCGCGCCGACGGCAUCUUUAAUCUACAGCCAUUCUUUGAUGCUGCCUCACAAGCCGGUAUUUACCUUCUGGCUCGCCCGGGUCCGUAUAUCAACGCCGAAGCUUCUGGGGGUGGAUAUCCGGGAUGGUUGCAGAGAAUCAGCGGCGUUUUGCGAACUCGAUCUGAUUACCUUAAUGCUACAGCAAACUAUGUCAACAACAUUGCCACUAUAAUCGCAAAGAACCAGAUCACCAGCGGGGGUCCGAUCAUUCUCUACCAGCCCGAGAAUGAGUACACUUACUUUGGAAACGGGGAAUCUUUCGACCCACAGUACAUGCAGGAUGUUAUAGAUUACGCCAGGGAUGCCGGUGUCGUUGUACCAUUUAUUAACAACGAUGCUGCUGCACUUGCACACGAUGCCCCCGGGUCCGGAGUAGGAGCUGUAGAUAUCUAUGGGCACGACUCGUAUCCUCUAGGGUUUGACUGCGCGAAUCCAUCAACCUGGCCUUCAGGAAGCCUGCCUACAACCUUCCACGAGACCCAUCUAGAACAGAGCCCGUCAACUCCGUACGCAAUUGUUGAGUUUCAAGGAGGCUCGUUUGAUCCGUGGGGCGGCGUCGGUUUCGACAAAUGCAAUGCAUUGAUCAAUGACCAGUUUGCAAGUGUCUUCUAUAAGAAUAACUUGGCUUCCGGGGUUGCGAUCCUGAACUUGUACAUGAUCCAUGGAGGAACUAAUUGGGGUAAUCUUGGACAUCCUGGAGGUUAUACAUCUUACGAUUAUGCGGCAUCUAUAUCCGAAUCUCGAAACGUCACCCGUGAGAAGUAUAGUGAGCUAAAGCUGAUCGGCAACUUCCUCAAAGUCUCGACAUCCUAUCUUGACACUGUACCCGGUAAUGCUUCCACUACAGAAUACACCAACACGUCAGGUCUCACAGUGACCCCGCUCAUUGGAAAAGGCACCAAUUCCUCGUUCUUUGUGGUCAGACAUACUGAUUACUCGAGUACCGAUGUCACAAGCUAUACACUCAAGGUGCCGACUAGUGCUGGAACCCUGACGGUGCCUCAGUUGGGUGGCGCUUUGACACUAAAUGGUCGUGACUCUAAGGUUCAUGUCGCUGAUUACAAUGUUUCCGGCACCAACAUUCUCUACUCAACUGCCGAGAUAUUCACUUGGAAGAAAUUCGCCGACUAUAGUGCACUCGUUGUCUAUGGCGGACAAGACGAACAUCAUGAGCUCGCCAUUUCCUCGAAGGAUUCUGUUUCUGUAGUCGACGGCUCCCAGGGAGGUGUUACGACAAAGUCCGUGGGUGGCCAAGUCGUCAUCGCAUGGGACGUAUCUUCCUCCCGCAGGAUCGUCAAAGUUGGUGAUCUUUUGGUAUUUUUGCUUGAUCGCAACUCUGCUUAUAACUACUGGGUUCCUCAAAUCGACUCAUCGGCCCAAAAGACCGAUUUCUCUACUCAAAGCUCGAUUGCGGACUCCCUCAUAGUCAACGCCGGAUACCUCGUUCGCACAGCAUACUUGCAGGGCACCAAGCUUCAUCUUACUGCGGACUUCAAUGCCGCUACUAACGUUGAAGUCAUCGGGGCUCCAUCAUCCGCCAAGAGCCUCUAUAUUAACGGGGUGCAGCACGAUCAUAAGACCGAUUCCAACGGUUUCUGGAGUGCAACAGUGAAAUACUCUGCCCCGAAAAUCAGUCUUCCAGAUUUCACAAAGUCAGAGUGGAAAUACUUUGACAGCUUGCCGGAGCUCCAGUCAUCGUACGAUGACAGUUCGUGGGUUGCAGCCACUCAUAACUCAUCGAACAACAAUGUUGCUCCCUUGGACACUCCAGUGUCUCUGUAUUCUUCAGACUACGGGUUCCAUACCGGAUACCUACUUUAUCGCGGCCACUUUGUUGCUAAUGGAAACGAGAGUUCUUUUACUGUUGCUACCCAAGGUGGUACUGGAUUCGGGAGCUCCGUAUGGCUCAAUGAAAGCUUCUUGGGUUCAUGGGAUGGAAACGCCAAUGAUGCAAACCAGUCAUCGACUUAUAAGCUACCCACAACGCUCAAGUCAGGCUCAAACUAUGUUCUCACUGUUGUUAUUGACAAUCUCGGUCUGGAUGAAAACUUUGAAGUCGGGAUUGAUGAGAUGAAAGAUCCGCGCGGAAUCCUCGACUACAACCUGUCGGGCCACAGCCAAAGCGACAUCAAAUGGAAACUAACCGGAAACCUCGGUGGCGAGGACUAUAUCGACCUCGUGCGCGGUCCACUCAACGAAGGAGGCCUCUACGCUGAGCGACAGGGCUGGCAUCAGCCUACACCACCGAGCAAGAACUGGGAAACAUCCAGCCCGCUAAGUACUGGUCUCAGCCAGCCCGGUGUCGGCUUCUACUCGACUUCCUUUAAUCUCGACUUGCCCAAGGGCUUCGACAUUCCGCUGUACUUUGUGUUUGACAACAAUACCUCAACCGAGCAACCCUACCGAGUGCAGCUGUAUGUCAACGGAUAUCAGUUCGGCAAGUUUGUGCCGCACAUCGGGCCGCAAGGCGAGUUCCCUGUGCCGCAGGGAAUAUUGAAUUACCAGGGCGAGAACUGGAUAGCAGUGACACUGUGGGCUCAUGAAAGCAACGGCGCCAAGUUGGGCAGUUUCGAGUUGAUUAACCGUACCCCAGUGUUGACUGCCUUGAGCGGGAUCACAGCGUCCGAGCAGCCUGCGUAUAAGAAGAGAGCGGGGGCAUAUUAG